AUGUCCGAAUCCAAGCUCGACCAGAUCGUAAAAGGCGCCCCUCCCCCUAACAUCACCGCCCCCGAAGUCGCCGCAGCCACCUCAUCCCCCACCUCCCCCGCCGAGCGCACCUCCUCCGCCCGCGCCGCACGCUCCCUACGCAGCGCCCCCCGCACCACCCACCCGGACCCAACCUCGCUCCUCCCCUCCUCCCCGCCGCAAAUCUACCUCAACCUACUCAUCCUCGAAGCCUCGCUGCGGGCGCAGUACCUGCAGCUGCGCGGCCGCCGGCGCACCCACACCUGCUUCUUCGGCACCUGGAUCCUGUGGACGUCGUAUUUCGGCUACGCGCUCUUCCUGGCGCCGCGCGAGGAUGGCUCUGGCGUCGGCGGUAGUGUUUACUGGGGCGUCGAGCGCCUGCAGAGGAUCUGCUUCAUGGGCGCUAUUCUGGUCGCUGUGCUGGUCUGGGCAACGGGCGUGUGGGAACGGCAUAUGCGCUGGCCGAGACGGUGGCUCGGCACCGCGAAUAGGGGUCUCAGGGGCAUGAACUGCAAGGUGGUGGUUAUUAGGGGGCCGUGGUGGAGGGAGUGGGUGGGGCAUUUGGGGUCGCUGAUUCCGUACAGCCUCUUCUUUCCGAGUCCGGGAAGUGAAUUUCGGCUCGUGGAGGUGAACAGGGAGGAAAAGAGGACCAUGCUGGAGAAGGGACAGGGAGGUGGCUUAACGUUGGGUGUGCCGAGACAUGUGGUUAGGGACCACGUGGAGUAUGUGGAAGAAGAUGUGGCGCCGGGCGGGGAUCACAUCAAGUUGCUGCUGCUGCCCAAGCCGUUCACUCCGGACUUUAGGGAGAAUUGGGAGCUUUACCGGACCGAGUAUUGGGAGAAGGAGAAUGAGCGCCGCGCGGAGUUGCGCAAGAAGGUCAGGGCGCGUGAUCGUGAGCUGGCGAGGCAGGAGGGUGGAUGGCUUUGGUGGACGGGAUGGCGUGGCUGGAAGAAGGCACGCGGUUUAACAACCGGCGGUGGCGAUAUCGAAAGACCUGCUUCGAGGUCGGGCGUUGCCCGCCACAGUAGUGUGAGGAAUGGGAAGAAAAGAGAGAGCAUGGUCUUCGAGCGAGAAAGGGAUGGGAGCCACUCGAGGUCAUCAUCCCGCAGCUCGACGCCCGUGGGAGAGCGGGACCACGGAAGGCAAGGGUCGUUGUCCAUAAUGGAGAGGGAAAGAAGGUGGAGCAACAGUACUGCGGGCAGUGUGACAUCUGAUCGAAGGCGAAAUAAGCCCAUGCCGCUGUCAAUGGCGAGGAGCGGUAGCAGUACGAGGCCAAGCAAACUCACGCCGACCGGAUCCCGUCCUGUCACUCCGACCACCGGUUCUUCUGAGGCGGUACCGGCCCUGACCAAGCGAAGUAGCGCCCUCAGCAUCCUUAGCACCAGCUCGGGCGAUAGCGACAAAGCAAGCGCUGUGGAAGACGAGAAGCAAAGCGGGGAGGCGAUGGUGUCAAGUGCUGCCUAG